AUUUGAAAGCGAGUGGAGGCGGCAGCGCUGAGGGAAGCGGAGCGGCGCGCUCGGCAAGGAUAAUCAAGAUGGCUGCUACCUCCCACUUUGUCAGUCGGUACAAAAAGGAUUUGAGCACAGAAACCAUCAGAACGAAAGUUGCUCGCAGAAAAUCCAUGCUCCAAAAGGAGAGCAGACACAAGUUGUUUGAAAAGGGCAGACAGUUUGGACUGACAGAUGUCAAUGUUCAGGUGUCAAAAACGAGGGGGAUUUCUCAAGGAAGUGGGGCAAGCGAAACGUGCUCACAGGAGAACAGCAGUUUGAAACAGAAACAAUCUACAGAUGCAGCCACCAAGAGGGUGAAUGAACGCAGGGAAAUGCUUCAACGCUAUAAAGAAGAGAAGGAGCUCCGAAAACUGAAAGAACAAAGAGAAAAAGCAAAAAAGGGUGUGUUUAAAGUUGGGUUAUAUAAACCUACUGCAUGUGGAUUUCUUUCACUUGCACCUGAAGUUCCCACAACAACAAAGCCAAAAGAAAAGGCAGCUCCUGCUUUCUCUGAGAGGAUUACUCGAUCAAAGGCCAAGAACCAAACAGAAAAGGCUGCGAUAUCAACUGCAUUGAAGCCCUCUACGGUCUGUGCCAAUGGGCAGAGCGUGCGCCCCACACAAGCAGCACGUAAGCAGAUGAGCACAGAGAAAAUGGCUGCAAAGGGCAAAGUGUUGCAGCCUUCAGUCCAGACAGCAUCAAAUGUAAGAGUCACCAGAGCAGCUGCCUCUGCAGCUAGACAGGUGCCAAAAACAACUGCAGCUGCUACUGGUAACGUGUCACAGAGAAAGCCAGCAAAUGCAGCAAAGCAGAAGAAAGCAGUCAAACCUGAUGUCAUAGAGAUAAUUCCUAUUAAACACGAAGUGAACGAAAAUGCUCCACUGGACCCAGUGAUUUGUUCAGCAUCAGAACUUAAACAGGAACAGACAUCUGUAGAAAAGAACAACUCUGCUCCUGGAAGACCCAGAACGCGCUCCUUUGCACCACAGAAUUUUGUGUUUCAGCCCUUAGAAGGACUAACAGCCUACAAAGUUACACCCAUGACUCCAUCUAGGGCAAAUGCAUUUUUAUCACCUGAUGCCUUCUGGGAUUUCUCCAAAUCUCCAGUUAAUACAGUUGAAAAAUCCAGUGAAACUAAGGUACAGGAGCCUAAUUUAAGAAGUCAGAUUUCACCUUCUCUUCAAGACAUUCAAGAACAGCAAGUGACUACAAGUUUGCAAGGAGAAGCAAAUGAAUCAGAUAAGGAGGCUUCCAUUCAGAGAUCCAACGAAACAGUUCCUGUAUCUACAGAAAUGGCAGUGACUGAAACAAAGUCGGAUGAUAUAAGAGAGCAAGAGCAUGAUGUGCCCUAUUUCAGAAACAUUCUACAAUCUGAGACAGAAAGACUGAUGUCUCAGUGCCUUCAGUGGGAUGGAAAACUUGAGCUGGACAUUCCAGAGGAUGCUAAAGAUCUCAUCCGCACAGCAGUUGGUCAGACAAGACUGCUUGUGGCAGAAAGGUUUAAACAGUUUGAAGGACUGGUGGAUAACUGUGAAUUCAAGCGGGGUGAAAAGGAAACGACGUGUACAGACUUGGAUGGAUUUUGGGAUAUGAUUAAUUUUCAGAUUGAAGAUGUGAAUAAGAAAUUUGAUAAUCUGCAGAAGCUUCAAGAUAACAAAUGGCAACCAAUUGCUGUACCAGGCAAAGAAGCUGUCAAGAAGCAGACUGUUCCAAAUGUGGUCUGUAAACCAAAGCUGGGAGCAGCUGGAAGGACUGCUGCCCGAAAGAGGCUUGCUGCUGUGAAAGCUGCUAUGAGGGAUAAAAUGAAGCAGGAUGGAGUUGCUGAUAGUGCGUAUCAGGAUAAGCAACCAGAAGUAGAAAAAGUGGUUUUUGAAGCAGGAUUUUUCAGAAUUGAAAGCCCUGUAAAAAGCUUUCCAGGUUCACUUUCAAAGACACCUCGCAGAUCAGGGCAGCAGACUUGGGAAGGUCUGACAGCUCCAAGAUCAUCCAGAAGAGCUUUGCUGCAGGGCAGCUCUGUGCCUUGUAACCCUGAGGACACAACUGCAAAACAAACGACACCACUGCUCAAAGGCUGCCCCCCAGCACAGCGUUUGGAAGUGCACCCAUGUCCCACUGAAACAACUCUCCCUGGUGGUUUUCUUGAACAAAGCAUUUCCCCAGCUGCAGAAGAACACAAUCCUGUUGCUGGUGCAGCAGAGGGCACCUGGGUGCUGGAAAACUGUAGCAGUGAAUUAAAAGCAGUGGAUGACAUGGAAGAGAUGGAACUGUCUGCUCCAGAGCAACAGGGCCAAGAUCCCACCAUGUGCAGCCCAGAGAAGGACAUUUUCUUGAGAGAUUUGGCUUCCAUUGACAGAAAUCCUUCAGAUACACCCAUGCUGGAUGCUGAGCUUCCCUUCACUCCAGUCAAGAACAACCUCCAGAAGUUCACAGCAGCUGAAACGUUCAGUGACCUGAUUGUAUUUUCUCCUCUUUCUCCCUCUGGAGAAAAAUGAAUGACUGGAAAUUUGAAAUGAGUAAAUUCUAUUCAGUAGAAAACAGAAGCUGUCUGGAACACCAUCUGCAACCCCUGAGCUGUGUUCUUUGUGACACCUGUGGUAUUUUCGAGUGGAACUUGAUAGAAAACUUGGUAACACAUCUGCCGUGAGCAGUGGUGCAGUCACUGCACUGUGCAUAUUGCUGUGCAGUUUGCUGGCUUUGCCUCCUGCAUCCAAUGAAAUAUUCUGAAAUAUUCUUAUUUGUUUAUAAUUUCAUGUAUUUGUUGUCUCCUUCGAGUUAUAAAACUGUCCACCUUAAAUCUCUUCUGUCUUGACCUUAAUUACUUCGUGAGUUGUUUUUAUGAGAGAUGGGAUAUGGGUUGUGUAACAGACAUGUUCCAUUAGCUGCUCCUAUCUCCAUUUGUGAUGAGGGCACCUCCAGAGGUGCCUGUUAUCUACCCCAAAGCACUGUUUUGUAUUCAGUGCUGUUGCAGCCUUUAGCUCCAGUACUCUGUGCAUUAACUGCACCUAAUCAGCAGAUGGGAUGAGGUUAGAUUCUUUCCUUUCCUGUGGGAUUUUUCCUAUUGCCUAACAAUCACUUGCUUGAAUUUCUGCUGUUACGAAGCAUUUCAAAACCAGAUAAUAUCUAUUCCUUACACUGUGUUAAUAGGGAUGGAUUUUUGAAGAUGCUCAGUGCUGAGCUGUGUCAUUAAGUACCUUCAAGCUAAAUUCCAUUUUCUUUUUCGUCUGGCAGUCCCUUAACCAGUCUCCUUGAACAUUUGGCUGUUAACCUCAGCUAUCCCUCGCAUCUUUCUCUCAUCUGGACUAUCUAUUUAAGCACAAGGAGUGUGCCAGUUCCUGCUACUCCAACAUGGAGUUUAUAUGUAGUAGAGUACCUCCAGUUCUUAUAUUUUUAAGAGGUGCCUGAUCAGCCUGCUUCUUGUGAUGCUGUUCUUUGUGUGCUGCACACAUUCUUCCACUGGCCUUUAUUGUCAGCUAAGCAAAUGCCACACAAACCCUUCAGCAGAAGGCAUUAUUGUUACAUGUGGGGCUUUGUUGUUUGACUGCAGUUCUGACUUGGAAGUUGUGUACUGAUAGCACUGAA